AUGCAUUUGGAGCUGGUACAACAACGUGAAUGGAGCGCUAAAUCUCAGCGAAAGUUGCUUGACUCGAACAAUACUUACAUAGUGUGUGAAACUAAUUCCGUUUCAGAACAAACCAGCAGCAGCACCCGGCUCCCGGAACGCCUACCGCGAGCCUUGUUCAAAACGCGCAGUGAAGGUGCUGCUCGCUAUCUGCCCCAUGCACCGAAAUUCCGUACCACCUUGCCGUCCCAACUAUCCAUCAGUCCGAACGAGAAACUCGUCCUCUCCGUGACAGUUGACGCCAUUCCCACGGCCGAAUUCAAGUGGGAUGUGAACGGAUUCGAAGUCCGUCCGUCAAGGAAUGUCACCGUACUAAGCGAACAGAAUAGGUCGACGCUGGUGGUACAACCGCCUGUCAAAGCGGGAAAGUACAGCGUGACCGCAUUCAACGAACAAGGCAGAGAAACACUGCUUACCAAGGUGGUGCAUCUGUACACGGAGACGAGAAGUGAAACAACAGAAAAACCAAAAAUAGUGGUUGUACCCGAUAUCGUCGAGUCUGCAGUGACUGUGACGAGCGCAACUGAAGAAUGGGAGGUGAUCGACGGUGUCGACUCGCCUCCCUCAUCUUCCUCAAUCAAAACCGUCAAAAUGAGAGAACCACCUCCUCCAACUGCACAUGAAAAAGUAGAACUUUCCAUUCCAGUCGCUCAUGUACCAAUUCAGAAAGUGCCUAAAGAGGAACCCAAAGCGGGUGUCCAUUUCAAAGAGGAGGAGGAAACCAAGAUUACUCAGCAGGAAACUGUCGUCACGACAAGGUCUGUACAUAUUGGCAAGCGCACUCAAGAAAGCAUUCCAAAACGACCUAUAUUACUCUCCGCGCCGAGCCAAAAUGUCCAUGUACCUUCAGGAGAGAAGUUAGUACUAGAGUCUAGAGUAGACAGCAUUCCACCGGCGACAUUCCGCUGGUAUGUGAACAAUUUCGAAGCCAAGAACUCCCAGUACAUCUCGAUAAUCGAGCCAGCUGAGAAUGUGAGUGUGGCAACGUUCGAAAGACCCACAGCAGGGUUGUACAAGGUGGUGGCAGAGAACCCACUUGGGGACGUUACCGCCGUCACAAGGGUCACUACGGAGACAAUCGUGGAAGAAGUUCAUGAGAGAACUACGGUCACAUCCACGAGCAAGCCAACGAUGUUCACCUUGCCGAAGAAGAUAACAAUCGCAGUUAGAGAUGAUCUGCCAAAACCGCCUCGAUUUACAGAGCGGCUCCCUGUAUCACUGAAAAUACGCUCGGAGCAACCAUUGAAGUUUAGAGCAGCCGUAGACGCCAUUCCAGAAGCAUCGUUUAUGUGGUUGUGGAACAACUUCGAACUGAAACGAAAUCAAAACACUGCUAUUGACAGAGUGACCCAAAAUGUUUCCGAGUUGAAUUUGCAGAAAGUUCAGCCAGGAAAGUACGAAGUUGUUGCCAAAAAUGAUUUGGGUCAAGAUUCAUGUGCUUGUAAAGUAAUUGUGGAAUACGAGCAGAAAGCUCAGCCACCUCCUCCCCCUCCAAAGAUCGUCAAAACACUCACGGAAGAGACU